GGCGGAGGCCUAGCAAUGGAGGUAGAGCCCGCCCGGCCCGAGCUCGUGGGUGAUCCGACCCCUGAAGAACAGACGGAGAGACGACGAAGAUGGCGGUGCUUCAAUUCGACAACCUUCGUCUCCUUCGGCUCGCCGGCCGUACGUUUGAUUCCUCGUCGCCGUUGGUCUGGCGAGUAUCUCAUGGAGCACGCGACUGAUGAUCCUUCGGCUUCGAGCGCUGCUGAAGAAGAGGAGGAGGAGGAGGAAGUGAUGAGCGAAGUGCACAUAGGUUGCCCCCCUUACUCCUCCGGGCCCCACCUCUCCAGCUUCACCAUCUCCGCCCCGCCCGAGCGCCGAGGAAUCGUGCUCGACCAGGAUGGUGAUCUCGUUUUAACAAGGCGAGACCAACCAUCUUCGCAUUGUUUUAGUGUGAUCAUACAGCAUAACAUCACGUCUUCUAUCCCGAAUGUCGGGUUGCAGGUUUGGAAAGCUGAACUAGCAUUAUCUGAUUUCGUGUUGCAUACCAUGUCCACUUCUUCUGAGUUUGACAGAGUCGUUGCGUUGGAGCUUGGUGCUGGAACGGGGUUGGUUGGCAUAUUGCUCUCCCGUGUAGCUAAGACAGUAUUUCUCACAGAUCAUGGAGAUGAAAUCCUUAACAAUUGUGCAAAGAAUGCGGAGCUCAAUGAUGGGGUUCUGAACUUUAAGGCUAAAGUUCAUGUACGUGAACUGAAUUGGAUGAAUAAUUGGCCUCCUAAUCUAUGCACAGAAGUUUCUGAGUCACAAGCGAGGUACUCUUGGACAUCCUCAGAAGUGGAAGAAGCCGAAAGCUCUUCUUUACUUUUAGCUGCUGAUGUCAUCUACAGUGAUGAUCUAACCGAUGCAUUAUUCUGUACCUUACAAAGACUAAUGUCACGAGGAUCAGAAAAGGUACUAUACUUGGCCUUGGAAAAGCGUUAUAACUUCAGUCUCGAUGAUCUGAAUGUGGUUGCGAAUGGUUACUCCCACUUCUUAAGUUACGUGAGGAUGGAAGAAGAUGUUGCAGGAUGUGAGUUCAAUGACUGCGAGUCAUUGCCUGGUUUUGUUGGCAAAUGUGUUGAUCUCACUCAAGUUCCCCAGUACGUUCUGCACUAUGACCGAGGAAACGACGUCGAGAUAUGGAAGAUCAGGUACAACAGAGGAGGAAACCAUCAAGCCUGAACCUUCGAUUGAGCCGGAGACGCCAUUGCUACAAGAAACCGGUGCUAUUCAACUCCUGCUCUCACCAAUUUCGCCACAGAGAAAAGUCCAGAGAGCUUCAGUUCUCCAAACUCCACAAUGUCGGGUCAGCCUACUUUUUCUCCGACUCGCUCCAAAUUUCCGGCAGCAGCCAUCCUUAGCUUUCCGAGCCGCACCUACGCUGGAGGAUCGUGCCAGGAGAAAGGCCCAUCAUAGGCAUCCCCCCUUGAACAUGGAGCAACCAUUUGUGGAGAAUCUAAGGGGUCACGUCCAUCAGCCAAAUUCCAAGGAGAGGAAAAACAAAUAAGAAAUUUAUGACAUUUUGCAUUGAGGAAGAUGUGAAACUUUGGCCACGUUUUAAUUGAUUGAAGAAAGCUCUGUGGGAGCGAGCUCUCUUUCCCAUCAUCAAGAAAAGGAGCGUGAACUUCCAAUUUGGCGCUAAUCAACGCUUAUGAUGGAUGCAUGUUAACCGUUGGAUUAAUUCAAAGGAGAGAGCAUCUGGGCUUUUCUGUUU